AUGGAACAAAAAAGAUUAGAUGAUUCAUUAUUAAGAAAUUCUGAUUGGAAGAAUUGGGGUACCUAUGUAAGUGAUAGACAAUGGGCAACUGUUCGUGAAGAUUAUGGUGGUGAACCAUGGACCUACUUUCCACACGAUCAUGCUAGAUCACGUGCAUAUAGAUGGUCAGAGGAUAGUAUUGGUGGAUUUUGUAAUAGAUUUCAAAAUAUUUGUUUAGGUUUAGCAUUUUGGAAUGAAAAAGAUCCAAUUAUUAAAGAGAGAUUUUUUGGACUUGGUGGACCAGAAGGAAAUCAUGGUGAAGAUGUAAAAGAACAUUAUUUCUAUUUAGAUAAUACACCAACACAUUCCUAUGCCAAAAUGUUAUAUAAAUAUCCAAUGAAUGAAUAUCCAUAUAGUGAUUUAGUAUCAACCAAUGCACAACGUGGUAAACAAGAUCCAGAGUAUGAAAUUGAAGAUACUGGUAUCUUUGAUAAGGAUGAAUAUUUCGAUUGUUACAUUGAAUAUGCUAAAGGAGAUCAAGAAGAUGAUAUUUUAUGUAAAGUUACCGUACAUAAUCGUUCAACCGAUAGAGAAGCAACCAUUCAUGUACUUCCACAUCUUUGGUAUCGUAAUACUUGGUCAUGGGGUUAUUCAGAUCGUCGUCCAUAUAUUCAUCGUCAUACACAUAAUCAAUUGGUUAGUGAAGAAGUUCAUAUUGGUAAAAGAUAUUAUAUCGUGGAAACAUCUGAUGCAGCAGCAGCAACAGGAAAAAAAGAAGAUAUUAAUUAUUUAUUCACAGAGAACGAUACAAAUACUCAAAGAUUAUUUAAUUAUCCAAAUAGUUCACCAUAUGUAAAAGAUGGUAUUAAUAAUUCAGUUGUUAAUGGUUGGAAAGAUUGUGUAAAUGAAAAAAGUGGUACAAAAGUUGCAGCUCAUUGUAAGAAAUUAUUGGGUCCAGGUGAAUCUUAUACUGUAAAGAUUAGAUUCUCACCAACAGAAUUUCAAGAACAAGAAGCAUUUACAAGCUUUGAUUCAAUUUUCACUAAAAGAGAACAAGAAGCCGAUGAAUUUUAUGAUAAUGUUUUCAAGGCCAACCAAAGUGGUAUCGAUGGUAUGAGUGAAGAUUUAAAACGUAUUCAAAGACAAUCAUUGGCAGGUUUACUAUGGACCAAACAAUAUUAUCACUUUGGUGUUGAUAUGUGGGCAAGAGGUGACCCAGCUCAUCCAAGAGAGAAACCAGUUACUCGUAAUAAUCAUUGGGAUCAUUUCUAUGCAAACGAUGUAAUUUCAAUGCCAGAUAAAUGGGAAUUCCCAUUCUUGGCUGCAUGGGAUUUAGCUUUUCAAAUGAUACCAAUGAUGUUAUUAGAUAUUGAAUGGACAAAACGUCAAUUGAUUCUAAUUACUCGUGAAUGGUAUUCUCAUUCAAGUGGUGCACUUUGCGCAUAUGAAUGGGAUUUUGGUGAUGUAAAUCCACCAGUACAUGCAUGGGCAACCUUGGAAGUCUAUAAACAUAUAGAGAAAACAACCGGUGUUAAAGAUAUCGAAUUUUUGGAGCAAAUUUUCCAUAAACUUUUAUUAAAUUUCACUUGGUGGGUCAAUAAAAAAGAUAUCAAAGGUAAUAACAUUUUUGAAGGUGGUUUCUUAGGUCUUGAUAAUAUUGGUGUAUUCGAUAGAUCAACACCAUUGAAAGAUGGUGCUAAACUUCAACAAGCCGAUGGUACAUCAUGGAUGGCAUUCUAUAGUGCCAAUAUGUUGAAAAUCUCCUUGAUUUUAGCACGUGAAAGAAACUCUUAUGAAUCAAUCGCCACUAAAUUCCUCGAACAUUUCAUUAGCAUUGCCAAGAGUAUCACCUCAAAAACUGGUUUAUGGAGUAAUGAGGAUGGUUUCUUCUUUGAUUCAAUCAUUUCACCAGGUUCUCAUCAACAUCAACUCAAAGUCUAUUCAUUCGUUGGUUUAAUACCAUUGUUUGCUGCUGAAAUUUUGGAUUAUGAUACACUUCAAGCUUUACCAAAAUUCAAAGAACGUUUGGAUUGGUUCGUAAAGUAUAGACCAAAUUUAGUGAAAAACAUUGCUCCAUUCACUGCUUUGGGUCAAAAUAAAUCACGUUUACUCUCAAUUGUAAAUCGUGAGAAAUUGGAAUUAAUCUUAAAGAAAAUGUUGGAUGAAGAUUGGUUCCUCUCUGAAAAUGGUAUUAGAUCAUUAUCAAAACAUCACAAGGAUCAUCCAUUCACUUUUGCUGAGAUGGAUGCUUGUGUUGGUUAUGUACCUGGCGAGAGUGAUGUUCAUAUCAUGGGUUCAAAUAGUAAUUGGAGAGGUCCAGUUUGGUUUGCCGUAAAUUAUCUCAUGAUUCAAUCACUUCGUACCUAUCAUGAAUACUAUGGUGAUGAAUUCCAAAUUGAAUAUCCAACAAACUCUGGUAACCUCGUAACUUUGGAUAUCGUAGCCGAUGAUAUCUCUAAACGUCUCAUUAGUAUCUUCCAAGAGAAUCAAGAUGGUACUAGAAAAUUUGCUGGUGGUAAACCAAUUUUCGCAAAAAAACAUUGGAAAGAUCAUAUAUUGUUCAAUGAAUAUUUCCAUGGUGAUAGUGGUGCUGGUCUUGGUGCUUCUCACCAGACUGGUUGGACUGCCUUGGUCGCCAAGUUAAUUAAUGAAAUUAAAAAAUAA